AGGAAUAAAAGUCUUGAUAAUGUUAAAGAAAAUGCCCUCGGCAGCAGCAGAGCCCGAGAGGCCGGAGCCAAGAAAAGGAACAGAGGAAGAAGCUACGAGAACAGAGGAACAGAGCCGCGCCGUGUGGGUGCGCCGGCUGACGGCCUUGUGGAGGAGGCGGCGCAGGGCGCGACAGCGGACGGGAGGGAUGCAGCCGUCUUCCUCGCACCGGUGGGAGCUGCGGUUCGGGGAUCUCUGGGAAAUCAACGAGCCAGCCACCUGAAGAUCUCCAUGGCUAGCGACGCGGAGCUCGGGUACCUGCGCCUGCCCGCUGAUGGAAUGGCCGUGACCGCACGCCGAGACGCGGAUGCCGCCGGCCAACCCGUACGCCGGUCGGACCAGCGAGGUGGCAUCGCCUGCCCCGCUCGGCUGGUACACGGCCCCGCGCGGUGGCAGCCCUGUGAAUUCGAGUUCGAGUUCAUUUCCAGUUCAGCCGGCGACAGCUGGUAAUCCGAGUCCGCCAAGAACCAGGAGCUCGCCGAUGAAUAAAAGCGCUUGCGGUCGGGUCGCCGAUGAAUAAAAGCGCUUGCGGUCGGGCAGCGGCUCCAACUCGAUUCGUUCGCCUCCCUCCCCGAUCCCCAGAUCCAAUCCAAGACACGCCACCGAUGGCGGCGAAGGUGCUCCAGCUCCGUAGCUCCGACGGCAAGGUGCUCGUCGCUCCGGCGUGGGACUAUCGCCCGACCGCCACCCAAGCCCUCCCGCUGAAGAUGCGGGUGCCCUCGCGCGUCCUCGAGAGGGUGCUUGAGUACUGGACCAAGCACAGCCUGGCCAAGGCCACCAGUGAGUCCCGGGAGUCCCUCGCCCGCUGGGACGCCGACUUCCAGCGCCGUCUCGAGGAAGACGGCCUCGCCAAGGAGGCCGCUGCAGCCGCCCAAGAACUCCGCCGCUACGUCGACCAUGGAGGGCGUCCCCAUCGCCACGCCGCCACGGCCGCGUCUCAUGUCGCUGCUCCUGCCAAGGCGGCCCGUGCUGAUCCCGUCCGUGCCUGGUGCCCACUUGUUCACCACCUCAAGGGUGUCAACCAAGGAGAACGCAGCCCUGCGCCGGCGAUUCCCGGCUCCUUCGAUGCCUCUGAUAUUGCCUCCGCCGCGCGCCCUGGGCCUGCCACCACCUUGCCGGCUGCUGCUGGUGCUGACCCCGUGGAUGUCCGGUGCGCGAUCCGUGCCCGUGGACGCCAGAUGGCUGAAGACGAGGAGUCCGCUUGCCACCACCGCAAGCGCCCGGCUUCCAAGGCUCCACUCUGCCUGCCUGCCACUGCUGUUGCGCCCGUGAAGAAGGUCUCUUGUCCCGUCGCUUCCAAGGCCCGCUCUUUCGUCGGCUCUACACCAUUGCCUGUCAUUGCUGCUGCGCCCAGCGUGAAGAAGGCGACUCCAGCUUCAACUCUGCGCGCAAGAAGGGGGAUGGGGGAGCUCAGCUGCAAGAUUCCGAAGCAAAACCGUGUCACCGCUGCAGCACCAAGGAAGCAACCAAUUCCUUGGGUGCGUCCAGUGGUAUUACGCCCUUGCUAGUCUUUUACCUUCCUAAACCAUUCACACAUGAGUUUCAUUUAAUCUUUGCAUCUCUAGGUUCUGCACUUAACCACCAAGAUUUCUAGUGUUCUUUGAAUCCCUUUCAGUCAUUAGUAAUUUUACAAGAGUGUCGGCAGAGUCUCCAUCUAGUCUAGGCAGCAAAAACCUUGUUAAGAUGUGUACGGCAUAGUUACACUACAUCCAUACCUGGUCCUAAGUCAAGGGUUUAAGUAAAUAAAGGGCAUGUUCAAUAAAUCAAAGUAAAGCAGAUGAGCCAAAAAAAAAUGGAAACUCAUGUACUGCAAUUCCAGCACAAGACAGAGCGGAAAACGCACUCGCUGCAAAAUGCAAAACGCCCGUUUGCUACCCGGCUUGUAGCAGGAAAAAAGGAGUAGAAUUGAACUUGUCGAUACACACGUAAUCUUGUGAGCUGCCUAGGGUUUGGAGACUAUGCUGACUCUCCUGUAAAAUUAAUCUUGCCUGAAUUGGAUUCUUAGGCACUGGCGUCUUGGUGUGUUAAAGUUGCAGUUUCCGACGAGUAACAUUGGUUAGUGAACUCUUGUGUGUAUGUGUGGGUGAAGCUUUGAGCUAAGCAAGUCCUCAAUGUACCGACUAUCAAGUCGCACUGUAAUCGAUUUCAGAUAUGAAUAAAAAUUUGUUGGCCUGAA